UACGCGCGCUUUCUCGGGCUAAGUACAUCUGAAACAUGGUGGCGUAGAUAUCUUCUUCCAGGAGGGGGAAUCACCUUGUUGACAAAAUAUAAAAAGCAAAUCGUCCGUCAAUGGAUUUCCAAACGUUACCUCAGACUUCCAAAUGCUCCCGGAAGGAAGUGCGUGCGAGAAGAUUGAGCGGGAGACGGGUAGCGUUUUGUAGCCUGACGUCGAUAGUGUUGCUCGCGCUUCUCGUAAGUGUCGUCUGCCUUUGCGGAUCACUUCUGUUGAAUUUCAGCUUAUUAAUUAAAUAUGGGAAAUUAUCAGACGAAGUGGAACGUCAGAGUCAGCUGCUCGAGAAAGUCAUAGUUGAUCAAAUGUCAAAGAUUCCUCUCCAAACACAGAUCGAAGAUAGUUUCAAUAGUGCACCCGUUAACAGAAGAUAUAAACGAAAAACACCAAACAAACGAAAGUCUCGUAAACAACGCAGAAGACGUUGUAAAAACCAACGCCCACGACGACAUACUAAUGAUCGUCCAAAACCCGUCACACACCUGAAUGGCCAGUUUAACAACGUCACCAACACAGUAUAUCAUGGGAACUACUUUACGUGGCGGAGGCCUCAUCUUCUAUUCCACAGCAGUUUCCGGUACCUGGACACAAGGGGCGCCCACUCGGUGUACGGAAUCGAGGUUGUCCAGAGCGGCGUGUACGUCAUCUACUCUCAGAUGGCCGUUCACGGGACCAGGCGACCUAAUAUUCACAAAACGGACUGCGCACACGAGACGGUGCGAGUGAGAUCUAGAAACGGCGAGGAACAAUCUGAAAUACUUCUCAAGAGUCUGCUAACCCAGGACGACAGAGGCCACGACCAACAGGAAGGAGACGGGACGCGUCACUUCCCUCUCGACACUGCGUCUCACAUGGGAAUCUUCGCUUUAAAGUCUCGUGACCGCAUCUUCGUCCGCCGGCCAGAACAGUGCCCGCAUGUAGACUACCAGAUGGAUCACAGAUACACGUACUUCGGAGCAUUCAUGCUACAUUCGGUUCCGUAACUGAUGUUUUUCGUACAUUUCCGUAAAAUAAGCGGAGAUUAUUCAGAACAGAGUUAUCUUUCGUAAUGAUUUUAAAAACUCUAUAAACUCCAGGCGAAGAGGUGUGUGUGUGUGGUGUCAUGGGGGUUUCCUAAAACGUUAUGGGCAAGGGGGGGGGGGGGGGGGGGGGGGCGGUGUUUGUCGAGAGUUACGUAAUGUUUUAAAAACAAUAUCUUUUUCAUUCACAAACUAAUUUCCAUUACUGCAUAGAACAUUUUGUUUUAAAACAUUGAUUAGCGACAGUUGGUGACCAGUUGAACAUUGAGAAGCAACUGUUAUUUAACCUUUUAGAAUUGUGUAGCAAUCUCUAGAAUUUGUGCAGCGAAUCGUGACGCGAUACUAAACAAAAUGUUCCCUGUACUAUGUUCUUUCGUGUCUAGUAUUUAUUGCCAAAGUAAAAUUAAGCAAAAAUAAACAUGGAAAAUCCAGUAAUGUUAGAAAAAUGGGGAAGGUUGUUAACGAGAGUUAACUAAUUUUUGAAACGGAAUGAUUUUGGUUUUACGGGGAGAGGGUACAAUUCAAGACUUGGGCUUACGUAACAACAGUUCAACGGACAUUGUAACUCAAUGCGCCAUAACUGUUAGUCUAUUGUUGACUGGCACAUAGGCCCUAUUAAUUUUUCACAACAUUUUGUAUUUAACUAUAUACAUGUAUUUUAGUGUUUUACUGUUUAAUGGCAACGUUUUAGUGUAAAUUGGACAAAUAUGUCAGUCUCUCUCUCUCUCUCUCUCUCUCUCUCUCUCUCUCUCUCUCUCUCUCUCUCUCUCUCUCUGUGUGUGUGUUGUUUUUUUUGUUUUUUUAACUACUGUGUAUGGUUGAUUGUUAUGCUCACUCGUUGUAAAUAUGUAUAUUUGUAUAUAACAAAUGUAUAUAAUAAUUUAAAAAAUAAAUUAGUUGUAAUACAUGUAAAAAUGCGCAGAGAUUCGUUUGCAACCCUAUUUAGCUGUUUGGUAGUAAUGCUAAUAUGAAUAAAUGUUCUUAUCCAGAUUCGGGGAUUUUCGUUUAAUUGAAGCAUAAACCAAUCUGCUGCCUACAAGAAUGGGAACCCGUACGCCUAUGUAAGCUCACAUAUUUCAAACAGAGUAGGUGGAAUGAAAGCAUUUAAAUAAUUAUUGAUAUUGCUAGCAGAAGGUUAAGACCUAUUGGGUGGGGGUGGGUGGUGUUGGUCAUAUUUCGGAGCCUUCGUGCUUCAUUACCCUAACCCCCAUCUUAAUUUUACCUUUAUGUUCUUCUACAAUGCCAUGUUCCAACACGUCCCCGCGCACGAUCAACAACAUAAUACAACAAUGGAUAACAAACAAUACACGAAACGGAACCCACACAAAGACGAUAACACUAUUGUCGUAUAAGAUAUGUGAAAUAAAGACUUCUAAAAGCAA